CAAUGGCCGACGACAUCGACGACGCGUCCGUGGCGUACGAGCCGCUUGUGGAUCUGCGCGCCGCAACGUUCCCUUGGGACCCACAUGAAGUCUACCGCGUACAGCUACAUGCGCCCCAUGACCGCUACGUCUUCAAGCUCUGGCUCGAGUCGACGCGAUCGAAAGAGCAGUGGUCGACACAGCGAGAGCGUUUUCGUUGGCUCAUUCCUUGCUUUCAACUAGGACGACUCGUGUGACGAACCUCCAAGCGCACGCUCCGGACGCCGUCAUGCUACCGCUGUCGAUCGUUCUCAGUUGCCUCGAGCGGAGUCUGGUCGAGAAGGCACACGUGGAUGUAUCACCUCGAGGCGAUGGGUCGCUGAGCUUGAAGCUGACGAUCGAGGUCGAGUUUGCAGCCCCGAUUCUCUACGUCUUUAACCUGACUGCGGUGGGUGUCGACCUUGUCCACGUCCUGGAGGCCAAGAUGCGCGAUUGCGACGCUGCGAUCGAGUCCCUCUCGAGCAGCUCCAAGUCAAAGGACGUGGUCAUCGCCAAGCUCUUUGAUAUGCUCGAGGCGGUCAAGACGGACGUCGCACAGUUGCGUGGCGUGGUAGGCCGCAACCACGAGCUGGCGGCAGUCAUGCCCAACGGCGCGGCUCCGCCAAAGGACGUUUUGGCCCGCAAAGCAGCGCCCGUCGUCUUUGAUGUUGACGACAUGCCCCUGGCGCGCGAUCGAGACGAUGCCCAGCGGUACCCGAAGCGCGCCAAGAAAGACAAGCCGAGCAAGACGCCAACCGACAGCGCCAAUGGAGACAAGUAGCUCUUGACUAAUCAUGUAAUGCUACUCGAUGGAUUCGUCAG